ACCUGGAAGGUAAAUCAGAUCAGCACUGACCAUUCAGCUACAUGAGCAGUACAUAGAUUUUAAGGAGUUAAAUUUAUUAAUACUGGUAUGUUGGAGUUCGUAUUAUUCUGGAGUCUGAUAUGUUUUUCCGUGUACUAUACCGUGCAAUGGACCAUCCGUUCGUCGAGAAAAGUUUUACCUGGUCCCAAAGGCUGGCCUGCCGUUGGUGUACUUUUUGAGUUUGAUCUUUCGACCUUACAUUUUAAACUCUUUGAGUGGAGUGCAAAGUAUGGGGACAUUUUUCAAUUUGAGGUGUUCAGAAAGAAAUUUGUCAGUCUGAAUUCCUCUGAUAUUCUGAGGGAGGCUUUUAGCAAAGAACCAAAUGCAAGCAUCACUUCUGCACGCCCACAAACCUUCGUCGGGGAAUAUAUUUUUGAUAAUUAUUCAGAUAUUGCAUUUGCAUCACCUGAUUCAGCGUGGACCAAACGUAGAAAGCUGGCCUUUCAGCUGAUCAGAUCUUAUGGAGACGGAUUAUCCUGCAUUGAAUAUCAGAUCAAGAAAAAGCUCCGAACGGUUUCGGAGGAAAUUCGACACUUGGAUAACAAAAAUGUCGAUCCAUCUGACAUGGUAGAAGAGUUCAUACUAUAUACAUUAGAAAUUCUAAUCAUUGGACAAAGUUCUGGAAAAAAUGGAGAAUUGCAAAAGGUGUUAAGAAAACUUGACUUUCUAAUUAACGCCACAGCUAACCCAGGAAUUGAUGUUGUGUACAGUCUCUUCCCAUUUCUGCGUUUUCUUCCUCUGAGAACGUCAUUGAUGUUCAAAGAGAUCCAAAAGACAAAACAACGUAUGCUGGACCUCAUGGAAUUAUUGUCGAAAGCGGAUACAACGGAAAAGGGAGUUUAUCACACAGUUGUUGACGUCAUGAAUCAGAGAGAUGAGCAAGGGAAGCAGUGGUUCACAAAAGACAAUUUAUCAAAUCUUCUCAUGAAUCUUGUAGUUGCUGGUUUUCUGACAACAAGAGGGACUAUUUUGUCCAUGAUUCAACUUCUAGCGAAGAGACCAGACCUCCAGAAGGCCUUACAACAAGAAAUAGACAGAGUGAUCGGUCCUGAUAGAGAACCUUGUCUCGCCGACAGAGAGAAAUGUCACCUAGCCGAGGCCGUUGUCAUAGAAACACUUCGUUAUAUUUCCCAUGUUCCACUGUCCUUACUCCAUGCUACGUCACAGGCGACCACCAUAGGGGGUUACAGUAUUGACAAAAACACAGUCAUUGUACCAAACCUUUGGACAAUUCACCAUAGUGAAAAAGAGUGGGAUGAACCAUUCAAGUUUAAACCAGAACGUUUUCUGGACGCCGAGGGCUUAUUGCUACCCUCCAAUAACCCCAUCAGAAAGAGAGUCAUUGCUUUUGGAUUUGGCAAGAGAAGUUGUAUCGGCGAAGUUUUUGCAAGAUCACGCAUAUUUUUAUUUCUGGCAACUAUAAUGCAACAAACAACGAUUUUGGAGCCCGAAGGGAAAUCUUUGGAGGAUCUCUUACCGCGAGAAAUGGUGCCCGGCGUUAGUCUUCAACCAAAAGAUUAUGAAAUUCGAUUUGUUCUCAGGUCUAACCUACGUCCUUCAUAGAUGUACAGUGUAGACCUCAAUCUGAAAUGUCCACGAAAUUUUUCUAGGAUUUGAACAAAUUUUAUUGUGAAACACCGAAGGAUUGGUAGCAAGUUCUGACACAUUACAAGUUCUCCAGUAUAACUUUCCAUGGUACCCCGAGCAGUAAAUCUCCUCAGUA